AUGGCUAACUUCAUACUCGUCAUUUACGUAAAUUUUAAAUUUCUUGACGACACACCGGUCAAUGAUAAUUCUGAAUAAUACUAAUAAGUUUGUAAACAAGAAGUACAUUUGUUAACGUUUCUACAUAAUUGUAUAAUGGAAUAUGUAUACAAUUUACCAUUUCAAGUCUUAGAAGUACCUAAUUUGCGUUUAAAACGACCGUCAUGGUUAAAAAAACCGUCAGCUAUGUUCAUGUACGCAAUAGUAACAAUAUCUUAUUUUUUAGUUACUGGAGGAAUCAUCUACGAUGUGAUUAUUGAACCGCCUAGUGUUGGCUCUACAACUGAUGAAAAAGGUCAUUCCAAGCCAGUCGCUUUUAUGCCGUAUCGUGUCAACGGACAGUAUAUCAUGGAAGGAUUGGCCUCCAGUUUCCUUUUUAAUAUUGGAGGUUUAGGAUUCGUUAUUUUGGACUUAACCAAUAAUAAGUCAACGCCCAGAUUAAAUAAGACUUUACUGACUGCGGUUGGAUUUGCGUGCAUCAUAGUAUCUUUUUUUACAUGCUGGACAUUCAUGAGAAUGAAAUUGCCUGGCUAUUUGAAAUCAUAAAUUCAUCAUCAAGUGUAUAAAUAUACUAAGUCAUACACACGUAUCAAAACAAUAUUGAACAAUACAAAUACUAUGAGCUAGCUUUAAUCCUAAUUAUAAAACAAAUAAUAAAUAAAAUAUCUUAUAAUAUAAAUACAAA